GCGGGCGGGCGCUGCGCGGGCACCGUGCGGAGGGAUCCCGCCUCCGCCUGUCCCCGGCGCCGCCCCGAGAGGCGACGCGGACGGGCCCGGGCUGGCGCUGCGAGGCUCGCUCUGGAGAAGGAGCCGGGCUCCGGCCCCGAACAGCCCGCAGCGAGGAGCAGAGCCCGGCAGCGCCCGCCUGGCGCCGCGCACCGCCAUGGCCCGCGCGCUUGGACUCGUGCCGCGGCCCCGGGGACGCUCGCACAGCUGGCUCCGGGUGCACGCACUGGGCCAGGGACACCCAGGCCCAUGGGCGCACGCCUGGCUCGGCCCCUUACUCGCGUGUUCGCCGCAAUUAGGUGCGCGCCGCUGCCUAAACCCAGUUUCAAAGUGCGCAUAAUAAGGAUUAGUCUUCUGUCAAAAGUUUAGUGAUCGAUUAUUAAGAAAAUUUCCUGCAUUGUUCAUGGAGUUUUUCAUCAGUAUGUCUGAAAGCAUUAAAUAUAAUGAUGAUGAUCACAAAACUGUGUUUCUGAAAACAUUAAAUGAACAACGUCUGGAAGGAGAAUUCUGUGACAUAGCUAUUGUGGUAGAAGAUGUGAAAUUCAGAGCACACCGGUGUGUGCUUGCUGCAUGCAGUACCUACUUCAAAAAGCUUUUCAAGAAAUUGGAGGUUGAUAGCUCAUCAGUAAUAGAGAUAGAUUUCCUUCGUUCUGAUAUAUUUGAAGAGGUUCUAAAUUAUAUGUAUACUGCAAAGAUUUCAGUUAAGAAGGAAGAUGUAAAUUUGAUGAUGUCAUCAGGUCAGAUUCUUGGUAUUAGGUUUUUGGAUAAACUCUGUUCUCAGAAACGUGAUGUAUCUAGUCCCGAAGAAAAUGCCCAAUCCAAGAGUAAGUAUUGUCUGAAAAUAAAUCGAUCUAUUGGAGAAUCUAAUGAUAACCAAGAUGAUGAGGUUGAGGAAAUUGGAGAUCAUGAUGAUAGCCCAUCAGAUGUGACAGUAGAAGGAACUCCUCCAAGUCAGGAAGAUGGGAAAUCCCCUACUAAUACACUAAGAGUUCAAGAAGCAAUUCUGAAAGAGUUGGGGAGUGAAGAGGUUCGAAAAGUAAACUGCUAUGGUCAAGAAGUGGAGCCCAUGGAAACAACUGAAUCAAAAGACUUAGGAUCUCAAACCCCUCAAGCUCUAACAUUUAAUGAUGGCAUAAGUGAAGUGAAAGAUGAACAGACACCAGGAUGGACAACAGCAGCUGCUGACAUGAAGUUUGAAUAUUUGCUUUAUGGUCACAGGGAACAGAUUGCAUGUCAAGCGUGUGGUAAGACAUUUACUGAUGAAGCACGAUUGAGAAAACAUGAAAAGCUUCAUACUGCUGAUAGACCAUUUGUUUGUGAAAUGUGCACUAAAGGGUUUACCACACAGGCUCACUUGAAAGAGCACCUGAAAAUCCAUACAGGUUACAAGCCUUAUAGCUGUGAGGUUUGCGGAAAGUCUUUUAUUCGAGCUCCAGAUCUGAAAAAGCAUGAAAGAGUCCAUAGUAAUGAAAGGCCAUUUGCAUGCCAUAUGUGUGAUAAAGCUUUCAAGCACAAGUCCCAUCUAAAAGAUCAUGAAAGACGACACCGAGGGGAAAAACCUUUUGUCUGCAGCUCUUGCACUAAAGCAUUUGCUAAAGCAUCUGAUCUAAAAAGGCAUGAGAACAAUAUGCACAGUGAAAGGAAACAAAUUACUACAGCCAAUGCCAUCCAGAGUGAAACAGAACAAUUACAGGCAGCAGCCAUGGCAGCUGAAGCAGAGCAGCAACUUGAAACUAUAGCUUGUAGUUAAAAACAAAAGCAGAAAACUUUAUCCAAAAAGUAACUUAAGAAAUUAAAUUGAACAAAAAUUAAAUGUUGAAACAUGUUUAGACUGAUCAUUAUCUUUUCAGAUAAAAUAUUUUUAGAGGGAUUGAACACUGCAUAGGAGCAUAUAGCAGUGCUUGGUUAGGUAUUUUAAAAUACUUCAAAGAUAUGUAUUCUUAGAGUAUAAAAAUAAUUUUGUUAUUAGCACUAACAUGUUUUAAUUUCAGAAGAUGACUGAACCCUUUAUAAACAAAAUGAGGAAAUCUCUAUUUGAUGUUUUAGUACAACCUCUGCAUACUUGUCCUUUGUACACAUUAGUACCAAUGAGGUAAAUUAUGUCUAACAAAACUGAAAUUUGUAGAAAAAGUUAUAAGUGUGGGAACAAAUUUUUUUUUUUUUUUUUUUAGAUUUUUGGGUGUAGUUUCGUAAGGACCAUAUAGUACACCUAGAACCCACAAAAAUUCAUCUGCUGGAAUCCUGACAUUUUUAUUUCCUCCUUUUUCCUCAUUCACUGUACUUAUUAGCUAUUAGUGCAGCAGGUUGGCUAUUUUGGGUAGUUGGUCAAACGGAGUUAUCCUGCUUCUUUGUCCACUCCCUUAAAUUCCUCUCUUUAAUCUGGCUGGUGAGUUGGUGCAUACAAUACUUGCUCUUCUAAAGGUUAGACUUUUCACAUUCAUAAUAGCCUAGAUGUGUCCCCUGGAUCAACAAAUGGAGAGGACACAGCACUCAUCUACCCUUUCUGUGUUGAAAGGAGUAGGGCUCAGUUGCCUCCAUGUACCCUUCAGAGGCCUUUUCGUGCACUGUACGGGGGAUGGAAUGGAGGUGGGAAGGGGGACAAGUGGGCAGAAUGUGUAGAGAGAUAUAUUGUUCCAAAUCUGGCCCCAUGAAAAUUAAUCAAAGAUAAUACAAUCUGAGACUGUACUGUCUUUGUCAUGUAGCUUCCCCCUCACUCUCCCCAGGACAGCUGAGGCAAAGGGAUGCAUAGGUGCAGACUCUGUGGGUGCUCUGGGGCUGGAGCACCCACAGGAAAAAAAUGGUGGGUGCUGAGCACACACCAGCAGCCCCCUGCCAGCGGGCCCCACCGAUCAGCGCCUCCGCUUCCCUCCCAGCGCCUGCUGCAGAUCAGCUGUUUCACAGCAUCAGGAGCCGUUGGUUUUCAUUCAGGCAAGGUUUUAUUUUGCUUUGUUUGUUUUAGUUUGGGGUGGGAGGGGUGGGAAGUGGUUGUUAAUUGUUCCUUAAUUUACCACAGUCUCAACAAAACUUUUAAAAUACUACAGACUGAGCUGUCUCCUGUAUAUGGAAAUAGGGAGUUACAACUUCACAGUAUUAAUUGUUAAAAUGAUCCUAAGGAACAUGAAUACUUCUUUAUUUUAAGUGUAAAUAAUAUAAUUAUUAUCAAUGUUAUAUUUCAACUAUAAAUGGGCAAAAAUGCACUCUUUUGCACAUCAGGUUGGAAUAAAUUGGUCACUUAAGAGACCCAUGACACAUAAAAGUUGUCAGACAAGUAUUUAUAAACUAUAGUGUGGUAAAUCACCUCUUGCAUUUCUAAAUAGAAAUUGAAAAUAACAUUUUUGUAACUGAUCAUUUUUGUUACAACUUCAUUGUGUAUCUUUCAUGUAAUCAACAGUUUUAGCAAUUAUAUUAAAAUAACAACAGUUUGAACAUUGUUCUGUAAAUAAAACAUGAAUUGAAUAUUUUAGAAUAUGUAAAUUUUGGACUUUGUCCGAUAUAUUUUUUUAAAUGUUUCUUUGUUUUACAUUUAGCGCUUUUAGUUUGUAAACCAACUAUCCAUUUUAUAUUUUUGCAACGUCAAAUAAUAAGUACUCAUUUCAUUUUAUAGCUUCCCACAAAGGAAGGAACUAAAUUAGUAGUGUAAAAGUAUUUUGGGGUUUGUUGUAUAUAAGCACAGAUAAAGGUGGUAGAUUCAGAAUGUGAGCUGCACCUUUCUUCCCUGGUGGCUUGCAAAGUUUUAAUCUUGUUUGUUUCUUAAAACACAGUUCACCACAUAUUAAAUGCCAUAAAAUAAUUAACUAAUGCAUACACCAUUAAGGAAUGAGGAACAGAUUUGUUUCAGUUUUCAAUAAUUUAAUAGCUAUAGUGAGAUAAAAAUGUUUUAAACUUUAUUUUCAGUCUUUUUUUAAAAUAGCUGCAGUAUUUCCUCCCGUAUAUUCUUUGUUUCGGUAUAAUUUCAAAAUAUGAUAAGGUAUUGCAGUGGAAAAAAUAACAAUAAAACAUACUAUAAUAAUUACAGUUUA